AUGGCAGAAUCAUUUGAGAAGAUUGAUCUUAGCAUGAAUAAUGCUCUCAGUCAACUUGAGACCUUCAAGCAAAACAGUCAAAGACUUCAGCUAGAAUCGUUCAAAGUUGAUUCCGCUCUCCGCAUGUUCAACAACUGUGCUGACAGAUGUGAACUUCAAUUCAGAGAGAAUGGUUUGAAAUUCAAAGGAGAAGUCCCUGAAGACGCUUAAUGCUUCCAAAACUGUAUCUAAAUUAGCUACAAGCUUGGGAAAAUGAUGUUUCAAUGA